CCGCCGGUCGCCAGCCUCGGGGACGGCCGGGAACAUGGCGGCGUUGGGGUCGCCAGCGCGCACGUGGCGGGGCCUUCUGCGGGAGCUGCGCUACCUGAGCGCAGCCACCGGCCGGCCCUAUCGCGACACCGCGGCCUAUCGGUACCUCGUGAAGGCUUUCCGUGCACAUCGGGUCACCGGGGAGCAGUUGUGCAGAGCCCAACACGAGCUUCACUUCCAAGCCGCCGCCUACCUCUGCCUGCUGCGCAGUGUCCGGGAGCACGUGGCCCUGCACCGGGAAUUUCACGGCCAGGGCGAGCGCUCCGUGGAGGAGUCCGCGGGCCUGGUGGGUCUCCAGCUGCCCCGGCAGCCUGGAGGGAAGGGCUGGGAGCCGUGAAAACGAGAGAUGCCUCGGACCCUUCCUUCGCGGGAGUAUUUAAUCAUUUCUAUCAAUAUGUAUUUGUCAUUAAAUGGUUUUAAAGUUU